UCUAAAACGGACUUGCUAGACCUCACACCAUUCCAGAACCCGAGGAGUCUGUCGGUAUUGGUUUGAAUGCCUCUCCCAAGGCCCACACUCCACGUGCUCGUAUCUCUACAACCCUGCUCGAACCGAUGAUCGGCAUCUGGAGGUCUUGAUGUCUCUCGGUGCUCGAUAAGCGCGGUAAUCUGCGCCGGAAUCACGGAAGAGUAGCUUCAUCAAGGCCGUAAUAACGAGGCUGCCAUACGCAAUGGAUUUACCGCGCCCGCACUAUACCGUCUUCAUCCGUCUGCCCUUCCCUCGUGACGACUUCCGAGAUCCUCCACAGGUGCAAUGGGAUGCAUCCAGGGACCAGCAAUUGUGGAAGUACAUCUCCAAAACCUCGCAGUCCAAGGCGCUCAACUGGGAGCAACUGAGUAGCAAAUUCAACGUGCCUCUCCCCUUCCUCCUUCAACAGGCGGCAUGGCUUUACGAGCGGCACUUCGAGGGCGUAAAGGCUCAGAUGAAGGGCCUUGGCGCGGCGGGCGGUACGGCGAGUGCUUUCUCCGGCUCCACGCCAUCCGGUGAUGCUCAUCUAGGAGGAUCUGAUCAUCCACAGCUAGGAGCUGAAAGCGUGAAGGCCCCGCCGGCGAUCAAUACUUUGAGAAGAAGUCCUUUGACGCCCGUCGACGCCCCUGAAUCCCCGUCAACUCUCAAGGCUGGCAAGCCGGGGAUGUCCCGGACCCCGUCGUCCAACACGGUCACGCAGAGUCGUGUCUUCUCCACCUCUAGACCGUCAUCGUCACGCCAGUCCGGCAUCCCUUUCAAACAAGCCACACCAGGUCGGACUUCGGAUGAUUCACACCGCGCUGGAGCUAGAUCGUCGCCGCCCAGUGAUGCACCGUCACCAUCAGGGCCAGACAGCAGGUGGGCAAUCGGUCGGAAAGAGGCACUGACCAGCCCCCGCUUCAAUCCCUCUGAGAGUGGAAGGUUCAGCUCAGAUGCUGAUGCCGAUGCCGAAAUCGACGAAGACGAUGACUCCUCCGACGGCUUCCUUCCCUUCGCCUCUUCCGCGAAGCCUACAAAGAGUGAUCUCACAGCGACCUUGCGGUCUGCACCCAAGAAGCAACCACCGCCGUCCAACAGCAAAGUCAAAGAACCAAUACUCGCCUCCCCCUCAUCCGAAUCCUCGCAAAGCUCUACCCAACAAAUCCCAUCGAAACAGAAUGUCGCCGACGUCACUGCACAGCGGACCGGUCCACGUGGCCCACUGAGUCCGAAACAGCAAGCCGACCUGGAAAGGCUGAGUCCGCGACAGAGAAAGUCUGGGAGCGAAGCCUCACCCAGCAUCGGCAGUAGUUUCAGCGAUCUGGAUGACGCGAGUAUCACGCAGUCGGCUUUGGAUGAGGCGCUGCUGAGUAAUAUGCAGCAUGGGAGUGGGGGGACGAGUCAGGCAAGCCGUACGAGCACCUUGAAUGAUGCUUUUGGCCGCAGGUAGUUCACAACGCUCACGUGCAGAGUGUUCAGACGUGGAGAAGUGCGUGUCGUGGAGUGUAGGAUUUCUGCUCUGCAAUCUGCCGUGUCACGUUAAACUUGUUAUCUGAAAGCUAAUGAUACGAGAACG